AUGGGCAAGAUGCAAAAUGGCUUACCAUCACCAGUAGCCAUUCGAAGAGAUUGGCCUUUGAUAGCAAUUGACUUAAAGGACUAUUUUUCGACCCUUAACCAACCACUCCCGCAGGUCGGGGGUCCCCCUCCGGGGGUCGCAAGUGGCGCCCAGACGUGGGGCUCGAGUUACAGACCACCGGUCGGACGGCAGAGGAAACGAGUCCGGAGCUUGUCCCCUAAGACGCCAGUGUGCCCGUGGUUUGUAGUUACCUGUCCUAAAAUUGCCCUAAGCACUUGGGAACAAAUUGGUGAAGAAUUAGAUGAACACUUUCUUACUCAUGGAAGCAAAGCUGACCAAAAAACCAUUAGUCAAUAUUGGAAUCUCUUAAAAAGUAUAAUAGUAAGGGCAGAUGUUGAUUCCAAAAGCAGAGACAUCCUUCAAAAGGCACAGAGUCAUCUGCAAAUUGCCUCCCACGAGUGUUCUCAGGCUUGCUCGAGGUCCAGUUCUUUUGUCAAUCUGUCUGUUAGCAACCCUGACAAAUCCUCCGAGUCAACCCCAUCUUUGUCUGAUAAAAUGAACAAAAUCCGGUCAGAAGUCCGGUCCCUUACUUCAAGUAUUUACCCAUCCUCUCGUGCAGUGGCUACUGCCCCUCCUGAAGAGCCCCUAGACCCUGCUGAUGCACAAAAUCUAGAAAAUGCAGCUGCUACUUAUCAGCAUGCUACUUACCCUCCUCUCUCUGAGCCAUCUCCCUACAAUUCCUCUAUGCCAGACCCCCCUCAAUCUCUUCAUCCACCCUUUCCAAACUCAAAACUUUUCCAUAAAGAUAACCCCCUGCAAGAUUUAAAAGAAAUUGUAACCCUUGAACAGCGCCUCUCUAAGCUUCUAACUAAAAAUAACCUUGCUCUGCAAUUUCCCGUUCUGGAUGGGAGAGGGGAAGAAGAGGAGCCCCCUCGUCCAGCUCCCACUCCUCAACCUAGUAAGCUCCCCCGCCCCCGAACCAGGCAACAAGCUAGACAAAACCCUGACCCCGAUGCUAUUGAGGAAGAGCCUGCUGCUGCUGAAGCUGCAGCUGCACCUGCCCCUAACAGUUCCUCAAUUGAAGAAAAUGAAACUCAUCUCUUAAACCAGCUUAGACAAUAUAAAGCCCUUAAUAAAAAGGAUUUGCAUGAACUAUUUAAAGCUGUAAACACCUACGGCACGUCUGCCCCCUAUACCCUUUCUUGCUUAGAGGCUAUGGGUGGUGGAGGUCUUGUCCUGCCAUUUGAAUGGAAAGAAAUUGUUAAAACUGCCCUUAAACAAGAAUUAUACCUCCUUUGGGAAGUAGAAUUUACUAAUCGCUGCAAAGAAAUUGCAGGCAGUGAUCAAGAUUUUUAUGCAAGAAUAUCUGGCUCUGCUCCCUAUAACCUUUUAGCUCAACAACGAGAUCUUCCCCGUUCUACUUUAACUAGCACAGCCUUAGCUGCCCUUCAGGCAUGGAAGUCCCUGCCCCGUGCCGGUGCCUCCACGGCUCCACUGGCAAAAAUUACUCAAGAAUCAGAUGAGCCCUAUCAUAGUUUUAUUUCUCGGCUCCUAGAAGCAGUAGAAAGAAUUUUGGGAGUAUCUGCCACAGACACUGAUAAUGCCCUAGUAAAACAACUUGCCUUUGAAAAUGCAAACCCUGCUUGCAAAAGCAUCCUUCGUGGCAACCUUAGGGGGAAGUCCCUGCAUGAUAUGAUUUCAUUAUGUCGAGAUGCUGAUCCUUUUGUCCAUAAAGUCACCAAGGCUCUAGUAGCCUUUCAAGGCCAAAAUAAAGGAAAAACUUGCUUCCAAUGUGGGAAACCUGGCCAUUUUGCCUCCCACUGCCCUCAAAAGCAAGCUCCAGCCAUGCAAACAGGCACUACUAACCCUCGCCCAUCCCUCUGCCCUCGAUGCCGUCGAGGCAGACAUUGGGCAGCUGUUUGCCGUUCCAACACUGACAUUGAUGGCAACCCCCUGCCUCCGGUUCAGGGAAACGGGCAGCGGGGUCAGCCCCGGACCCCAGCUUAUACCAACUUCCAGCCGGCCUCGGGGAACAGCCGGCCCAACAACCAGUCAGUUGCCCAGCAAUCUCAGCCAAACCAGUUUGCAGCCCUCUCUCAAACCCUGCCCCAACAGGUGCCAUGCACUCAACCUCUGGUCCCUCGCAGUAUGUUGCCCCCUCAGCAACCUCCCUUGUCAGGGCCACCCCAGGCAGCGCAGGACUGGACCUCGGCGCCUCCUCCCCAAGGAUAUUAA